GGGGGGGGGGGGGGAGGCAUUUAGUAUAAAGGGUGGAGAGGAGUGAAGCCACCCAAACAGAGCUGGAGAGCCAGACAGAGAGCUGCAACUGAACCUGAAGGACUUCAUCACAGCUGCUUUAACUUUUUCAAGAGCAGAAUGGAAGCAGAAAGGAGGACGCAGAUGUCAGCAGAGCAAACGGAGAACAGGGAUCUCUCUGAGCAAAUCAAAGAGGUGACCAAGGAGAGCCACGUCAGAGCAGAAAACACAGAACUGAUGCUGAGCUUCCAGCGGGGACAAGUCACGCUUCCACAAUACAAGCUCCUCCUGUGCUCCCUGUACGAGAUCUACCAGGCCUUGGAGGAAGAGCUGGACAGGAACUCCAACCAUCCUGCCGUCGCACCCAUUUACUUCCCCGCCGAACUGGCCCGGCUCAAGUCCAUCGAGACGGACCUGGAGUACUUCUACGGGCCGGCCUGGAGGGAGAAGAUCGUCGUCCCUGCCGCCACUCAGAGAUACUGCCACAGACUCAGACAGAUUGGCAAAGAAAACCCAGAGUUCCUGGUUGCCCACGCUUACACCCGAUACUUAGGAGACCUCUCUGGGGGGCAGGUCCUCGGCCGAAUCGCCCAGAAGUCCAUGGGUCUGAAAGGCAGCGAGGGUCUGUCUUUCUUCGCCUUCCCCGGCGUCUCCAGCCCCAACCUCUUCAAGCAGCUCUAUCGCGGCCGCAUGAACAGCGUGGAGCUGACGGCGGAGGAGAGGAGCGGCGUGCUGGAGGAGGCCGUCAGGGCCUUCGAGCUUAACAUCCAGGUGUUCGAUGGCUUACAGAAGAUGCUCAGUGUCGCAGGAAAUCUGCAGCAGGAAAGCUCGACAAACUCCAACGCAGUUUAUAGGAAAACACUCCAGUUGCCAGGAAGCCUUUCUCCUAUGGUCAGGAUGGCCCUGGGACUCUUUGUGGCUCUGGCUGCUGUCAUGGGACUCUAUGCAUUGUAGAGACGGUAAACGAAAAUACUGUGUAUUUUCUUGUUCGUGUCCUUUUAAUCUAACCUGACGGUCCCUUUUGUAUACGACUGAUAACAAUUCCAAGAGCCUGUGUAAUAUACUGUAUUUGUUUCCAUUGUGUACUGACUUGAUUUGUACUGUUUUCUCUAUCACGCUGAUAACGCAAAAUGCAUUAAUAUGUGCAAUACUGAAAGUAAACUGUAUAUAUGCCACCUUUUGUAAUAAAAUAAAAUCCGUGAACAGGGAAAAAAA